AUGAACGGGCCGGUUGAUCAACUUGCAGCACCUGAAAUCGAGAAGUGUCUACUGCUGAGCUGGGAGACAAGGUUCCGUAUAAUCUAUGGGACGGCACGAGGUCUCCUAUACCUUCAUGAGGACUCACAGAUAAAGAUCAUACACCGCGAUCUCAAGGCAAGCAACAUCUUGCUAGACACCGACAUGAACCCCAAGAUCUCAGAUUUUGGCCUGGCAAGGCUCUUCAACAGUGACAAGCCGAGUACCACCACGGGCCAAGUCGUCGGAACAUUAGGAUACAUGGCCCCGGAGUAUGCGGUUCUGGGGCACCUGUCGGUCAAGAUAGACGUGUACAGCUUCGGCGUCCUGGUCCUGGAGAUUGUUACGGGCAGGAAAAAUACAGACGCAUUUGAAGAGUCAUCUGCGGGAGAGUCCGGCACUCUGCUCAACUAUGUGUGGGAUCAGUGGUCCAAGGGAACGGCGCUGGCGACGAUGUAUCCAAUGUUGGAGUGCAUGGUUGCGGAGGAGGGCGAGGUGCUGAAAUGCAUCCACCUGGGGCUCCUCUGCGUGCAGGAGAACCCGGCGGACCGGCCCACCAUGCUGGAGGUUCUCGUGAUGCUGCAUGGCCACGCGUCGAGCUUCGUGGCGCCGUCGAAGCCAGCAUUCACCUUCACCUUCACGAGCUCGACGGACAACAUUGUGCUGUCCGCAUCAGAUCCAGGCGUCCAAAGUGCAUCGGCCACGCCGUCCGUCAACGAGAUGUCGGUAUCAGAGUUCGAGCCUAGAUAGAUAUAGAGAUCAUACAUAGAUUCCGUUCAUGGGUUCCUGUGUAGUACCUUAUGUCCUAGUGGAUAGGCAC